CUCGGCGCUCCGGCGACGUGCGUAGGGUAGCGACUCGCGGCAGAACGACUAGUAGCUGUCUGUCUGGAGUGGCUGGUUGGUGCUUGUCUGCCUACGUAGUACGACAACUCGUGUUCCUUGGUGCGCGUUCAGUGUCGUCCUCCCAAAGCGUCCUGAAGGGGCGUAUCGGUGGGACCUGUGUAUACCUAGUGCUAGCCCUGUUGCUCGAGUGUCGAGUUCUACUAAGGUGCUUUAAUGUCCGGCGCUAUUCCGUCCGUCUGGCCGAGCCAGGAGCGAUCGUGAUUAUUACGGAACGGGCGGCCACCGCUGACGCUGACGAGCAUUCAGAGAGAGAGAGAGAGAGAGAGAGAAAGAGGUAGCAGAGCACAGUGCCUUUUCAGAAGUGCUAUAAUAGUUAAGAAUCCGAAAAGUGCCUUUACGUAGAACGAAGCUGGGAGAUAGAAUAGGAGGAAGAAGAAGAAAUAAAAAGAAAAUAUAGCUAGUAUCUCCUAUACGGAGAGACUUAAAGAAGGUAUACUGGAUGCUCUUGGAUAGUACAAAAAUACUAAGCCAGGAAGUACAUGGUUCUAGCAACUCUAGAGAGUAUGCUACGAGAGUUCGAUUAACGGAGGGAGAGUACUUGGUUAAGGCUUAUUGUACCGUUGCGUCGCUGUCGCAUGUUUGUAAUCAGCGAAUUGGAGUAGGAAGGUAUAAAUGUAUAACUAGGAGAAUUAGGUAAAGUUGCAAGCGCGAGGUUAUAGAAGUCACGGUGGGAAAGAUCCGCGAAGGGUCUUAGAAGCGGCAGUGGCGGCAGCAACAGCAGUAUUGUCCUACUGCUUGUUUUGUUGUCUCACACCGAGAGGAGGAGAAGACAGUGCUGGAGGUAGCAGAGGAGGUUUCCUCGUUGUCGUCGGCGGUGGUGGUGGCGGUGGCGGUGGCGGUGGUGGUGUCAGCAGCGUUGAAUGUGGAGAAAGAAGAGGAAGACGAAGAGAAGGUAAAGGAAUUGAAGAAGAGGAGGUCGCGAACGCUCGCUUACUAAGCUAGUAAGGGAGAAGAGAAGAAUUAGUGGUGUGGAAGUGUAUAGUGAAGUUGAGUGUGCACGAGUCAGCAGCGAGAGAGUCAACCGGAGGUGUGAGUGAGUAGGAGAGGGAGAGAGAGGGUCGAGUGGCCGAAGGAGAAGAAAGAAGAAGAAAAAGAAGCAAGGAGAGACAGCAUCUUGGCUACAUGUAUACUUAUACGUGAGGAGGAGCAUCUAGGUAUAGCCGAGUACGAGAAAGAUUCUAUCCUAAGAGAGCCAGAUACACUGCCUCCUCGGCAGAAAGACGGAUCCAAAAUGGCGUUGAACCAGGACGGCGUCGAACAAUUGUCCAAGAGUAAUCUGGUCGUUAGAAUUGAUCAGAACUCUGAAUCGGAUCUACAGGCCCUUUUCGACAGCGUCCUGAAGCCGGACUCGAAGCGGCCACUUCAGGUACCACUGCGUAUGCGCAAUCUGCCAGACUCAUUUUUCAAUCCCCCGUCGACGGGCAGCAAGAGUCCCUCGAUUUCGCAUUCGCGGGAGAAUUCCGCGGACUCGGCCUUCGGUACGGCCGCUGUAGUUGCGGUUGGUGGCAGUGCAGCUGGCACUGCUGCACCGGGAGGCUCGGCCGGUGCAACUGGUACUGCGGGAGGUGCUUCAGGGGCGGCAGCAGUCGCGGGUGCUGCUGGGGCCGCUGGUCUCACCGUAGCUCAUCCUAGGGCGCACAGCAGCCCAGCAUCCCUUCAGCAAACGUACGCAUCGGCACAACAGGCACCGCAGCACGCUCCACAACCUCAUGCUAGGCAUCAUCAUCAUCAGAAACAGCGCAGCUACGACGUCAUCAGCACCGUUGACGAUUUGGGUCCGCUACCUCAUGGGUGGGAACAGGCACGCACUCCAGAGGGUCAGAUAUACUUCCUCAAUCAUUUGACGAGAACCACGACAUGGGAGGAUCCACGGAAGACAGCGGCCGCCGCGAAUGUAGCAGCCGUAGCGGCGGCCGUCGAGAGUGGAAAAACGUCUACGGGUGCCACCAGCUCACUGGGACCGCUUCCCGACGGCUGGGAGCAGGCACGUACUCAGGAAGGAGAGAUUUACUUCAUCAAUCAUCAAACUCGCACCACCUCCUGGUUCGACCCUAGAAUCCCCUCUCAUCUUCAAAGAGCUCCUACCUCCGGUGCCAUGCUACCUCAGAAUUGGCUCCAGCAACCUGGAGGCGGUGGUAUACAGAGCAAUCAGACCCUACAAGCCUGUCAGCAAAAGCUUCGUCUUCAGUCUCUACAGAUGGAACGCGAACGCCUGAAACAACGUCAACAGGAAAUCAUAAGACAGCAAGAACUGAUGCUGAGACAGAGCAAUACGGAUGCUGCGAUGGACCCCUUCCUGCCGGGUAUAAACGAGCAGCAUGCGCGUCAGGAGAGUGCUGACAGUGGUUUGGGACUUGGUUCGGCGUAUUCACUUCCUCACACGCCGGAAGACUUCCUGGCGAACAUCGACGACAACAUGGAUGGGACGAGUGAGGGUGGUGCGCCGAUGGAAACACCGGAUCUUUCUACCCUGAGCGACAACAUAGACUCCACCGAUGAUCUCGUGCCUUCUCUUCAGCUCGGCGAAGAGUUUAGCAGCGAUAUCCUGGACGACGUACAGUCGCUCAUCAAUCCCAAUCCCAGCAAACCCGAGAACGUCCUCACGUGGCUGUAGUGGCACCCCAACCUGGAUGAUCUUCGCUGCAGUAAGGUGCUCGACGGCUGCUCCUGCGAAUUGCGAUAACCGAUGCGUCUAUAUACAUUUUUAAGAAACCACAACGACGGCGUUCAGGGUUGUGUGUGUGUGAGAGAGAGAGAGAGAGAGAGAGAGAGAGAGAGAGAGAGAGAGAUCAUUCAUGUUCAGAAGUGUCAGUUCGGAUACCGGAAGUAACGUUUCAUUUCCAAACGCGGUACACGUAAGCAUCUUUAUGUGUUCUAUUUAUUUUCUUAAAAGCCACGAACCGGAUGUGGCCUGCCAAGGAAGUAAGGAUAACAAGUGAAUUACAUGAAACUUCGAGCCCUCGAGAUACAAGUAAUACGACAUUUACUGCUCAAUCGUCUCUCGCCCUUCUGCGAACGUAUAUAUAUAUAUAUAUAUAUAUACACACUGUUUUAUAUAGGAUUAUAUAUAUUGACAUACACCUCAAGAGACUCGUGGCUCGAUUCAUAAUCUCUCUUUUUCUCUUUCUCCUUAUCAGUCUCUCUCUCUCUCUCUCUCUCUCUCUCUCUCUCUCUCUCUCUCUCUCUCUCUCUUGACUUCUUUGUAUAUAUGCGCGUGUAUACUCGCCAACGUCAUGUAAAUAGACUCUGUAUUUUUUCUUUCUCACGGUUAAACGUCCGCCCAAGAGAAACGCUGUGGGAGAGAUAGAUAGGGAGCGAUAAAAAAUAAGAGAGAAAGAGAGAAAGAUAAAUAUAUAUAAACGAAACUAGAAGAAAAAGAUAAAGAAACUAUGGAACGCCAUGCAUCGCGAAAAUAAUCUUGAUAAUACGUAACCGCGAGCCUUUCGCGUUAAUUGCGAUAAGCAAUUGCGAAGGGGCAAGGCGAUGACGAAGAACAAAAACAUGGCGUUCUCACGACCUCCGGUCCGUGUCGAGCUUAUCUAUUUAUAUAUAUAUAUUUUUUCUAUAAAUAUAUAUAGAAAAUGAAAAUGUAUUUUCUCGAGCCGAGCUCAAGUCUUGUAUUCAUGACGUAUCGAAGAUUCGAUGAUCGACGAAAUAAUUGUAAAUCUGCAUUAGCGAUUUCCUGAACGGAAGCGGAGUAAAAAUGCAGUAGAAUGUUGAAGAUACGACAGAAUAUUGCUGGCUGCGACCGGAAGUCAACGAUUCGUCGUUGGGCGACGAUGAGGCGUUGAAAGUGCAAUUAUAUUUGAAGAAAGAGAGAGAGAGAGUGAGAGUGAUACGAGAGAUCAAGGGGGACGAAAGUCAUGCAUGAGGCGAAAUCGAUUAAUUUUCGGGUUGGCAGGGUGACUUUCUUAUCAGUGCCUUAUAAAUUGUAGGAGAGAGACUUUUUGAGUGGAAUGUCACGAGAAAGUGUAUAUCCGACAUUCUUAGAUACGUAUACAAUAUAUAGUUAAGAGUGAGAGAGAGUGAGAGCGUUAUAGUGAGAAUGAGAAAAAGAAAUAGAUAAAAAAAUAUUUAAAAACCGGAAAAUACGAACCGGUUGACGCCGUCAACUUUCAAAGCAAUAACCGUCCAUACGAAACGUUUACGUGAACACGUGGUAAUUGUUAUAAAAUAUAGGCAGCACGUUUUUUGACCUUUAAAUAUUUUGAGGGAGGUUACGAAGUGAACACAAAAUGAAUAUAUAUAUAUUUUUUUUAUAUAUAAAGUCUAUACUUGUUACGAAUUGCAGUUUUAUUGGUGUCGGCGAUAGGGAGAGACGAGAGAAUUCGAAGGAAAAGAAUAAGAUACGUGGAUAAAACUAUUAAAAAAUCGACAAGAGCAAUAAUUAUAGAUAAUAAUAAUGUGCGUGAGAGAAAGAGUGAGAGUGAGAAGCGAAGAAUUAAAAGAUGGAUGCCGUUUAGAUUUUAAAAUUCCCUUAACGUUUUAUACUAUACACACAGUUAUAUAAUGAAAGUUGCAAGAGAAGUAUAUGAUAUUUAUAGAAUACUUAAAUAUCUUCUAGCCCUAAGUAUCAGCACGGGCUGCCUUUCUGGGACUCACCCACGUAUCCCUGGCAAAGGUGAGGGCCCUCCCUUCGUUAUUAAAUUGUACGUUUUUUUCUUUGUCUUUACACUUUGUAAGAGCUAUUAUAUUAUUAUAUAUAUAUUAUAUAUUGUUAAUAUAUAAUAUAUAUAUAUAAUAAGGUCAAUACCGUCCGUUGUGUUCGGUCGGUACAGCUGAUAUUAUGCAUAUACAUGUAAUUAAUUAAGUUGGCAGCUUAGCCUGUAACGUAUGAAAUUUAAGAGUGACACGACUCAACGUCAUUUUCAUUAACUUUUUUGAAUCGACUUUUACGAGCUUCGAUAUCAGUAUCGAUAAUUGAAUUUUAAUGGCGGUUGAUAUUAAAAUGAAAUUCAAAAUGAAAUAUAAAUGUAAAGCAAUGGACACUAGUAUAUAUUAGCCCGGGUCAGUUGUUGGGGCGAUAUAGUUUUUCUCGUUAAUGAAAAUGAAAGUUAAGGACAAUGGCGGAUUGUCGUUUACAUUGCGCGACGGCCCUAAGGUCUCCGUCACUCUUACUUUUGGUUAUUUUAAUUUAGGAUACUCCGAUCGGAGCUGAAGAGGAAACGAGAUGCGAGAGAAACGUGAAGUAGCGAAAGUCGUUUUGUAAAUUUAAUAUGUUGGCAACGUGGAAAAGAAAGAGGAAAAGGAAGAGGCGUAAGUGAAGGAGAAGAAAUAGAUGGCUCUCUCCGACUUUUCUUAUCGUGACGGAAAAGUAUAUUGCGGAGACGUUGGCUUUUCAAUUGAUAUAUUUAUCACGUCUUGUAAUCCUCACAUGUCUCGGCUUCACCUCGUUUACUUUCCACGUUGACGCCCUAAGGUUUCAUGUCUGUAUUAGAAGGUUAUGGCGUGCGAGUAUAAAUGGAGUUUUAGGUUAUGUUUAGACUCGAUUGUCAGUUUCUUUUCUUUUCUCUGGAGAAAACGCUCUAAUCGGUAUGUUUAUGUUAUUAUUACUUGUAUCAUAGGACUGAAACGUUGAAGAGUAAUAAUAUUCAUAAGGCGCGAUUAAUUGUCGACCUUUUUUUAUUAUUAAAAGAAAAGAAAAACAAGAGCAACUGCGCUUCCUGAAGAGACUACACUGGACGCGGAGUGAUCCUUUGUAUUCUUUUUUUCUUUUUAUUCUGUAUAAAGACUAACCUGAGGUCAGUUUAAGUAAAAUUUGAGAUUACGACCGUAGGACUAUCGCAAUUAAUUAUUUUAUCGACUCGCGUAAGUUACUAAGCAUAACCUGUGGGACACUCCGUGACAGAAGCUCGUAUUUUUUCAGAAGCCCAUUUAUACUAUACAUAGGAACCUUAUAAUUGUAUAUCAUUUUAAUUACAGUUUAACGAUACUAUUAAUAAAAUCGACUACCACCUCCCCUCCCACCCUAUACCUUGCUUUUGGUUUAAAUAAAAAAAAAAAAAAUGAACACUGUACGUAGUUUACGUCAGGGGAGUCUUCGCCGUUAGUUUAUUGUACAAUAAAA